CUGAGUUUGAUAUGAUCACAUUGGACAUGACUAACUGAGAAUCCCACAGGCUAUAUUCGACUCGACCCAAUCAUGGAAAGAUACCUGGAUGUAAAGUCUCACAGAGUACCGUCAGGGAAAAAAAAUAACGGUUUGACCUAAUUAUUAGGCUAUAUCUCCCUUCUGAUAAGGCACAAAUUCUGGUUUGCUCUGAAGGCGUGGUUUUGUAUCCCUGACGUUAGCCUGAAUUUCUUUCAUUGAUAUUCAGUCGAGUGCCCUGGUGGGGAGAUGUGCGCGUAAAUAGCGCAGUAGACUAAUCAAAACGAAAAUGAUAUGAGACGGAGACAAAUACGCACCAGGAACCAUUGGGCUCAUUGGUGAAACACCUCCACUUUGGAUAUUUUUCUAUCUGUGAUUAACUUUAAAAAGAUUUUCAAAAAUGGACACAAUCCCUACCCCCAAAAGGACUGUCACUGUCCAAAUGGUCCCUCAGCUUGCCCCAGUGGACGCUUUAGGAAAUAAAGAGUCCAACGCUAACUGGGACCCACAGCUUAAUCUCAACUUAUCACACGCCUGCCCCAUUCCAACCCUGGAGCCCAAAGCCCUUCAGGCUACAGAGCUGCUGAAGACCCCCAACAUAGCGACCGCUCCACACACCCAAACCUCGAACGAGGCAACCAGUGCAAGGCCUGCCAGUCCCACCCUGUCCACCAACGGUGUGCACGGGAAGCCCGACGGGCUGACUAGGGACGGGAAGCAAACGGGCACUGGCACGAGAGAGCUCUGCAGUCCGGAGGGCUGCAUGGAUAGCAACGCCAACAUAAGAGUCCCGGCAGCCUCCCCGCUCUCCUCUCCUGCUCCCUCCUCGUUAGCUCCCGCCAUCACGGCCGAUUGCGGCAGCCCUGGCCUGUCAUCUGCAGUCACAUCGCUUACAUCAUCAAAGGGUGACAAGCAGACAAACGACUGCCAAGACAAAGCGUUGACUCCCAGGGAGGGGGAAGGAGAGCGCACCGCAGCCCGAGAACAGAACCACAGAUCCUCCACCUCCGGAGGGUCGCCCAACACAGCGGCCAAAGAGGCAGUUCCGCAUCAGAAACCAGCACUGACAGGUGAACUUGAGAACACUUCGGCCAGUGAGACCAAACAUCCCCGACAUGACAAGACAGACAAUACAGUCUCUAGCACAAAGCCCCCUCUGUUACAGUUUCUGCCCUCGAAGGAUUGUAGUGGUGUUACAGUGUCAUCAGUGCCAACUACUACUACCACUAACAGCAACACUGGACACUCAACUCCACCCCUGCCAGACCCUAAGAUGAAGGCCCCGGAGACCAUGCAGACGCCCAACAGCCCCCGAACCCAAACGGGCCCAGCACAGGCUGAUGAACUACAACCAAACCACAGAAAAGAGACGGCAGGCUCUACCAAUGCUGCAACAGCUGACAAGACUGCAGAUGCGACUCUGAAAACAGAGAGCAGUCCGGUGGUGACACAGGUGGAUUCAAUGCCGCAGGAGAGCUCCCACAAGCCCUGUGUUGCCCACUCGCCUGGUCUAUCAGCUGAGAAUACAACCACUCCUCACAACCCACCGAGUCAGACACAGAGUCACGCAGAGGUGACUGACGAGGCCCCUCAGACGCAGGGAGACGCAUCUGAUGAACAGAGGCCCAGCCACUGCAAACUGUACUGUGAGGCCUCCACGAUGACCACCACCCCAGACGCCAACCCUGCCCUGGCCAAGCAGCGGCAGGAUGCGGAGGUGCAGGCGGUGGCUAAUGUCCGCAACCAGUCGGUGUCCACCAGUCCCAGCCUCUUCCCUCAGGCCCACCCCAAGAUGGCCACGAGCCCCCAGGCAGAGGAGGCUGAGAGCCUGACCAUGGUGUACCAAGUGGAAGACACGGGCAAACACACACUGCUCUCCACUCAAACUCACACGGCCUCUGCCACGGCGCCCGCUCCGAUCUCCUCCACCCAAGCUCCACAGUCAGGGGCGAUCCACGCAGAGGCUGCCCAGCAGCAGGAAGCCAGACUAGAGGCCAAACACAAGGAGCCAGGGCCCUCUGCAUGCAAUGCCCAGAAGGCACUCCCGCCCCUCCAGCCUGUUUAUCAGAUCAGCAUAGAGCCGUGUGGCCAGAGCUCCCCUCAGGCCGGCUGCCGUCCUCCCGGCCACACAACAGAGGCGGCCACCACCACAGCAGCACCGAGCAAGGGCCUCGCUGACCAGAAGGGCCUGGGCAAGGAGAAAGCAGCCUCCGCACAUUGUGCCACGGCUACGGUGGAGUCAGUGCCAGUGCAGUCUGCCAAGCCUCCCGCUGACAAACCACAGUCGGAGUCACUACAGCCGUCCACAAGUGCAGCCAAGACAGAGGGCAAGCGAUCUACUGCUGCUGGUGUAGCCGUUACUGCAUCUCUGUCAAGCUCCACUGCCAAGGAGAAACGGAAAAGUGGCGCGGCCGUCGCCACUGGCACGACCACCACCGCAAAGACCCCAGCUGAGCCGAAACUGGAGCCGGACCGGGAGGCCGAAGAUGAGGACGACGCCAAGCUGAAGAAAUCGAUCCAUGAUGUGUUGUGGGACGACCAGGGCAUGACGUGGGAGGUGUACGGCGCCUCGGUGGACCCCGAGUCCCUGGGCUUCGCCAUCCAGAGCCACCUGCAGUGCAAGAUCAAGGAGCACGAGAAAAAGAUCAUCACUCAGACCAGCAUCCGCAAGUCCAUCUCGGCCGAGCCCCCCGCCGGCAAGAAGGGCAAGCGGAGAAAGACCAACGUCUUCAGGUCCAUGUUUCAGAACAUGCGACGGCCCAACUGCUGCGUGCGUCCUCCCCCAUCCUCCGUGCUGGACUGAGGUGGACGAGGAGGCUGUCUGGGUCACCACAGACAGCUGUGAUAACCGUGGACACCUUGACCAAUCACAAUCGAUUGUUCCACCUGUGACUGCCUCAACUGAACGCAUGAUGAGGUUUUCUCCUCCUUACUUUCUGUGAGAUCAGUUUAGUUCAGGGCCACCAUUACAAAGGCAGAGACAGGGAAAAAGUGAAGAGUUUAUCACAUGAGAAGAACAACCAGUUAUCAAAUCAAUUGAUAUAAAUCUUAUUUUUAGAUAUAGAUGAGAUGUUAUAAGUAUUUAGAAUGAAAAUGGCAAUAAUAAGUCAUAUUAAUAACAAUAAUAACUAAAAUGCAUGUGUAUUAGUUCUAAUGACAGACUUAGUCCCUAAUACUGGAAGGGGUCAAUAAUAUGCAUUGCACUGAUCUAAAGGCAUAAAUGUGUUGCUGUUUGCAUAUCCUUUUUACAAAACACCUUGACCUCCUUGACUUGGUGGAGUUGGUGCAUUUGGUAUCUGUUUGUUUAAUGUACCUGAGGGUGUAUUGAGCUCUCUUGUUUAUAACAGAUUGAUAAGUUGGUUUAGAUUUUUUUUAAACUUAACACAUUUCUUUUGGAUGAUUUAUUACAUUGUCUUGAUAAGGAAACUUUAGCCUGUUGUGCUUGUUGCUAUAUUUGUUGUAAACUGGGCUUGUGUGCAUUUAGGUGCUGUUCAAUUGUCUCUGCUACUGGUUUUAUAUUAAAAUGUUAAACUAAA